GCCUCAUUCUUCAUCAAUACAAACAAAAAAAACUCCCCCUUUCUCUUCAAUUUCUCCUCAAAUUUUCCUUCUAAAACAACCCUUUCGUCUUUCUCUUCAUUGCUUUUGAUUCAGAUGGAAAAGUCCAGUUCUUUCAAGUAUUACACGGAGCAAUCCGAUUUGGGAUUCAAUACAACCGAUCGCAGAUUAGCCUUUUCACGUCAAGCUUCGUAUAACGAAUCAACCAAGCCUUUUCUCUCGCGUACUAGUUCAAGCAUCGAUAUCCCACCUGGGGUUUCUUAUUUUAACGAUAAAUCGUUCGCUGAGCCCGAUAAAUUCUCGAUUUUUCGGGCUUUGAGGUCCAUGAAUCGCCCAAUGAAGAGAUUGUUUAUUUUGAUUUCGUUAAACGUUGCGUAUUCUACUGCUGAGUUGGCUAUUGGGCUCUUCACGGGCCGUGUUGGGUUGGUGUCUGAUGCGUUUCAUUUGACGUUUGGUUGUGGGAUAUUGACGUUUUCGAUGUUUGCCAUGGCGGCUUCGAGGCAAAAGCCUGAUCUUGUGUAUACUUAUGGGUACAAAAGGCUUGAAGUUUUGUCUGCUUUUACCAAUGCUCUGUUCCUUUUGUUCAUGUCAUUCUCCUUAGCUGUGGAAGCACUUCAUGCGUUCAUUCAGGAUGAAUCUGAGCACAAACAUUAUUUGAUUGUUUCUGCGGUAACAAAUUUAUUGGUGAAUCUUAUUGGGGUCUGGUUCUUCAGGAAUUAUGCACGUAUUAAUAUUGUGUACAGAAAAGCGGAAGAUAUGAAUUACCACUCAGUUUGCUUGCAUGUUCUUGCAGAUUCCAUACGCAGUGCAGGUUUGAUAUUAGCAUCCUGGUUUUUGUCCCUCGGGGUUCAGAAUGCUGAAGUUUUAUGUUUGGGACUAGUUUCAGUUGCUGUCUUUAUGCUUGUCAUGCCACUUUUUAAGACAACUGGUGGUAUCUUGCUUCAGAUGGCACCACCUAGCAUUCCAGCGUCAGCAUUAAGCAAAUGCUGGAGACAGGUUACUUCUCAUGAAGAUGUUUCUGAAGUUUCCGAAGCUCGUUUCUGGGAACUAGUGCCUGGUCAUGUUGUUGGUUCCAUCUCCCUCCAGGUAAAGGAGGGAACAGAUGAUCGCUCCAUACUCCAAUUUGUGCAUGGUUUAUACCACGAUUUAGGCAUACAGGAUUUGACAGUUCAAACUGACUAUUGAUUGAGCUUCUUUUUUAUUUUUCCAAUUUCAUGAUAGUGAUUGUUAGUAAUAGCUUUUAUAUUGAGGCCAAGCAUCACGGGGACAGCUCAUGUGUUGUCUCGCGAACGGUUAUACUACUAGAAUAGGGAAAUUUUUUAUUCUAUUUCUCAUUUGGAGAAAGUUUACGAACAUCAUCUGCAUUGUGAUUAAUUAUUCUUUGUCGCGGAAGAAAAUAAUUUGACUUCGUUGGGGACUUGAGUUGUUCUUGUUGAA